UGUUUUUUUUUUUUGUUAUUGCAUCCUCGCAGAUGGCGUGGACGUUCUAACCUUACAAUUUUUUUUCUCUCUAUGAUUGCAAGUAAUAAUAAUAGCUUAAAUAGUUGCCAAGAAAUAGCUAGAACAUUCUCGAAUUCAACAAAAAAAGAGUAAAAUAAAUUAUUAAAAAAUGACAGGAGUUGUAGAUAAUAGCUUGUUGACUUGUUACAACAAAGGAUGUGGACAACAAUUUAAUCCAAAUGACAAUAAAAAUGAUUCUUGUGCACAUCAUCCAGGUGCUCCAAUUUUUCAUGACGCUUAUAAAAGUUGGUCAUGUUGUAAAAAAAGAUGCAUUGAUUUUACUGAAUUUUUAAAUAUCAAAGGUUGUACAAAAUCAUUUCAUUCAAAUGAAAAACCACCAGAACCAGAAAAACCAAUUGUUGAUAAAACAAAAGUUGAUGAAGUUAUUGAAUAUCGUGCACCAACAAGUAAUUUUGUUGGUUUAAAAAGACCAUCAUUUGAUACAGAACAAACAAUUAUAACACCAACAGUAUCAACAACACUUUUAGAACAAAUUAAAACUCUUACUGCCAAUAAACCAGAUACAUGUGAUUCAACAAUUAUUAAAAUUGGUGAAUCAUGUAAAAAUAAAUCAUGCAAUGGAACAUAUAAAAAUUCUGAAUCUGAUAAUGAAAUAUGUAUUUAUCAUCCUGGUGUACCAAUAUUUCAUGAAGGUUUAAAAUACUGGUCUUGUUGUCCAAAGAAAAAGACAACUGAUUUUUCUGUUUUUCUUGCAUUGCCAGGAUGUACCAAUGGCAAACAUGUAUGGAUUGUCAAGAAUAAUGAAAAAAAAAUUGAAUGUCGAAUGGACUGGCAUCAGACAGGAUCUCAUGUUGUUGUUGCAAUUUAUGCAAAAAAAUAUCAACCAAGUAAAUCAUCAAUUAAAUUAAAUCCUAUUCGUUUAACAAUUGGUCUUUUUUUCCUCGAAGAAAAUUCAUCUUAUGAUCUUGAUUUAGAACUCAGAGGAGUUGUUGAUAUUGCAAAUAGUUCAGUCAGUAUGCUACCAACAAAAGUUGAAAUUAAAAUGAAAAAAGCUGAGCCAGGAACAUGGUCAAGUUUAGAUAUUCCAAAAUUAAAGUCUGAACAAGAAAACGAUCAAUCUAACGAUAAAAUUAAUAAUGAAAUGAAUGAUGAUGUUAAUGAUCGUGUUGAUGCUGUUGAUUUAAGUGAUCUUUAAAUUUACAUUUAUAAUAAUUUUUUAUAUGAAAGUGAUUUUGUGAAUUAUAAAAAAAAAAUUGUGUUACUUAUUUUUUAUUUGAAACAAAAAACAAUAAAUAAAUGAAAUAAUAAAGCAGGAAAAUUAGAUAAAUUAAACAAUAAUUAUUUAAUUGCAUGAAUGUUUUAAAAACACCAAACAUGCACCGACUUUUUUAAUAACGUAAAAUAUAAUAUUGCGCUUUAAGCAGCAAUUUUUUGAUAAAUUUAAUAAUAAAUUACUUAGUAUUUCUAUGUAAACUGAUGUGCAUGAUGACGACAACUAUACGUGUCAUCUAAGCAAUUGCAUACUAAUUAAAUUACCAUAUAAUAAAUAAUUCAAAGUAAAUAAAAAGGAAGAUGACCUAAAGAACAUACAUAUGGGGACCACCAUGGAGCUUCAAACAAAAUAAUAAUUAUAAUUACAUCAAUAAAAUCUUACCUUUUUA